GUUUGCAGGCCCGGGUGAACUCGAUUUUCAAAAGAAGCGGCUUUCGAAGCGUACUAGAAAAAGCAGUUCUCGUAGUCUGAAUUAUUACUCUACACUUCAGUCAUGGCGACUAUGCCCUUGAACCCCAAACCUCUCCUGAAUAGUCUAACAGGAAAACCAGUCAUAGUAAAGCUUAAGUGGGGUAUGGAAUACAAGGGAUACUUGGUAUCAGUAGAUGGAUACAUGAACUUACAGUUGGCUAAUACAGAAGAAUUCAUAGAUGGUGCUUUAGCUGGAAACCUUGGAGAAGUCCUUAUUAGAUGUAACAAUGUACUUUAUGUGAGAGGAAUAGAAGAGGAAGAAGAGGAUGGUGAGAUGAGGGAAUAAAACUUAGUAGUUGCAUCAUUUUCCAUUGAAAAAAAUGAAAAGCCUUUCUGUCAAUAUUUGUUGACAUGUAAUUGUAGGAUGCCAACACUUGUUGGAUUCAGUAAUUUAUGUUUUUUAUUCUUCUUAUAGCAGUACUAGUUUUCAAAUAAUUAUGUGAACUUGGUAGUAGCGUGCUGCCUGCUGAAAUUUGGAUUUUUGUUUCUGUCGAUCAAAAACAAUCAGUCAGUACCUUUUACAUUCUUGACUUGGUGGCAGUGAAAAAUCAAAUUCCAAUGUGUGACUUGCAACUACCAAGUUUGUGUAAUAUUGAAAAUUGCUGUUAUAUUUGAACAGUCAUGUUAUUCACUGUACAUAAAGCUUGAUAAUCUUUACAUACUUCUCACAACUGAGCACAUUUAACACUUGUCUUAUACAGUGGAGAUGAAAGUUGCUUUUUUAUAACUAUAGAAUCAAAAUUAACUUGGAUACAAGGUAAACAGGAAAAUACAAAAGAAAUCACACAUUUUCUCAAUGCAAUAAGCCUGAAGCGAGAUGACGUUUUACCCCCGUCUCUAGACUAUAAUCCUUUUCACACUGCUUUUGUUCUUUAAUUAUGACUAUU